AUGGAGGGCGGAGCACCAGCGGUGGCCCACCUCCCGGACGAGCUGGUCGUCGAGAUCCUCGCGCGGUUGCCGGCCAAGUCGCUCUGUCGCUUCAAGUGCGUCUCCCGGUCCUGGCGCCGCCUCAUCUGCGACCCCGCUCACCGCGCCAAGCUCGCGCAGACCCUGUCAGGCUUCUUCGUCUUUCCCCGUGGCCGCAGAGCAGAUCCAUGUCCGGCGCCCUGCCACUUUGUCGGCUUGUCUCCUCGCGGACGAAAUGGUGGUCCACCUCUGGUCGAUACCACUCUCUCAUUCCUGCCCCCGACCUGUGGGCAGAUAGAGUUGCUCGACUCUUGCAACGGGCUCCUCCUCCUGCUCUGCUGGGGCGCUCCACCACUGCCUGUGCAUCCGUUCUAUGUUGUCUGUAAUCCUGCAACCAGGGAGUGGGUUGGCUUGCUUUGCCCCAACCGAGCGAGGCCCCUGGGCAGGAUGGUGGGUGCAGUCGCAGCGGUGGAGACCAAGGGACAGGCAUGGAGGGUCAACCGUGUGCGCCCGCAAUUCCAUGAGUGCCAUGGCAGUGGCUUCACUGGCCACUCUCAGGGGUGCUUGCUUUACAUGUUUGAUGACGACAAAGGGGAUUUUUUGUCAGUCUAUGUUCUUGAGGAUAGAGGCAGCGAGGAGUGGACUUUCAAGCACAACAUCAGCAAGGCUGGUCUUUUUGGACCAAGAAAGUGGCAGUGGGGGCCAUACUACCAUGUAGUUGCAUUUCAUCCUGAAGCUGAUUUGAUCUUCUUCUAUGACUGGCAACGCAAUAGACUCAUCUCCUAUGGUAUGACUGAUAUGGAUGUGCAUGUUAUCGGCACUAUUGGAGGAGAGGAAUGUUCUAUCUGCACUACUUUUGAAAUGGAAUGCACCGACCACCUAUUUUCACUAUAUAUUCCACUGUACUCAAGGAUAUUGGUAUCACCAAUUGUUAACUAG